AGAUAUGCUAAUCAAAAAACUGAAGAUACACAAAGUGCGUUUGGUGGGCAAGAUCUUGUUGAAGUAAAGCGUGCCAAAGAAUAGCAUCACUUCUACUGCGUUUGAAAAACAGGUACCCAGUUCAAUGGCUGGCAUGAAGAUACGUUCCUACGAGGACGAUGACGACGAGGCGGUGAAGGAGAUCUUCACUAUGGGCAUGAGCGAGCACGUGCCCUCUUCGUUCGUGCACCUCCUCAAGCAGCCGCUGAUGCAGAUGCUGUGCGUGUGUGUGUUCUGCACACUCAUGGCCACUUCCAAGUCGAUUCUGCUACCUGUCCUCGCCGUAACGCUGCUUCUAGCCGGGGGUCGGCAGUUGGUGUCCUACCUGUUUAACAGCUACAUCGACGAGUCAAUGCGGCGGGAUCUGAACAAAGUGCGGGAAACCUACAUGAGUUCGCCAAAUACCUGCUUCUGGGUGGCGGAGAGUGAUGGGCUCGUAGUGGCCACGGUGGCAUGUCUGCCGGCCGAGAGGCAUCCGGAAUGCUUGGAGCUGAAGCGCAUGUCUGUGAGGCGCUCGCACCGUGGCCAGGGAAUCGCCAAAGCGAUGUGCCACACUGUAGCGGGGUUUGCGCGUUCCCGUGGGUACCAGGGGGUGGUUCUCUACACGUCCAUGGUCCAGACUGACGCCCAACACCUGUAUGAGCACGUUGGCUACAAGAGAAUGCGACAGUUCGUCGUUCCGGAGUUCUUCGCCAAGAUCACAAACUUCUCCAUCAUCGAAUACAGACUGGAAGUCCAGCCUUCUCCACAAUAAGGAUAGAACUGGGUGUUUAUAUUUGUCUGUGUGAUAUGGAGAGAGAGUGUGUGUGAGUGAGAUGAUUUCAUACGAAUACCAAAAAUCUCAAAAAACCUUCUUCUGAGUUAAAAGCUUGUGAAGGCAGAAUGGCUCUAUUUUGUAACUGAAACAUUUACAUUCCUGUAAGCAACAACACAACGGUGGAGGCACUGGUUGACCUGUGGGAUGUAGUAUGCAGUCUUGUGGUGUGCACUGAUCUUGUGAUCAUUUGACCUCGUGACCAUGACCAUGGGAACUUGAGUCUUCAAAAUGAGUCACUGUGUAAGUGGCGGUUCCUUCAUUGUCAGUACAAAAUGUGGUCUUUUGACUUAUAACGUGUUGGAUCUUACUUCCACAAGCCAUAACACAGACACAUUUUUUUCAGAGUGGGUCAGACUAAAAAUAUAUAUUCACACAUACUGUGUUGUUCAUUUAAAGGCGAGGUCUGAAAUUCCAGUCCCAUACACUUUUUGUCAAAUUUAGCGAAUUGCUCCUCACAGUCCACUAGCUGUCCGUUGGCUCAGAAAGCCAAAAACAAUCCCAGCCAAUCAUCACAGUGCUUCAGGAGCACGGAAGGUACACACAGACUAUGCAAAUAAUCCUCUCGUACUUGGCAAGAGAGAAGAAAAAUUCUCUGAAGUUGUUUAAGUAUUGGUGAACUAUUAUCUGAGACAAUUAGAUGUUGUCAAUGGUUAACAGCGGAGCUUCGCGUAUAUAUUUUCAAUAUAUUUUAUCAGUGAAAAGCUGUCAUCUUUGUUUAAGGCCACAUUCCUGGUAAUCACUGGGUACGUUGACACUGAUAGCACUUGAUGCUGGAGAGAAACCGCCCUGAUUUGGCGCUCAUGGUUGCAAGAUCCAAGUCCAGCUCCAGGCUGGGUUGUGAAGAAAGUAAUGUUAAUGUAAUGCCAUUCAAGGUGUAAUGGAGCCCUCCAGAAACGAGCACAAAACCCACACCUGUAUGUAUACACACACACACACACACUCUCUCUAAAAGAGCCCCUCUGUUCUCCCAGGCCUUGGUGAAAAGCAUGUCUAUCAGUAGUGUGUAUGAAACCAGGUUUGUGGGUGCUAACUCAGUGCAAGGAUUCACCUUUAAUUUAUAGUGGUUAUUAGACUGACUCAGUUGUCCAAUACUCAGUACAUUUCAACUUCACUAUGAUGCUUAUUAUGUGUGUGGGUCUGUGUGUUCUUGCAUGAAGGAAAGAGUUGUUGCCUGUCAUUGGUUGCGUGGCGAGCGGAUCGCAAACAUAAAGACGGUGGCCUGGAUGAUCACACUGAGCGAUGCGGUGCAUAACUUCAUAGAUGGCCUGGCCAUCGGAGUGUCCUUCACUCUGUCCACCCUCACUGGUUUCAGCACCUCCAUCGCCUCCACACACACACAUAAAUACAAAUAACACUAUUACAGAGAAACAUACACUCACACUUGCACACACACACACAAACAAACAUUCUCCAUACAGGGGUGUGGGUGUGAUGUUAGGCCAAAAUGCCUCUGCGGUUUUGUUAUCCUAAAUGUUAGACGUUGACAACAACCUUUUGCAAAACCAAAUCAUGGACUGUGUCUUUAACUUAUAUGAUAGAUAGAUGGAUACUUUAUUAAUCCCGAGGGAAAUUUAGGAAUAUAUAUACAAUAUGUAUAUAUAUAUACAAUAAUUAACACCAUGGGAUAUAGAGAAAGACAAUGACAGGGGACUGGAUCAUACAUGUGGUUCAUUGUUUUGUGAAGUGCCACCCAAGCUUAAACCCAUGCAAAUGAUUUAGGCCAGCUUCCUGAAAACUAGUGUUGACCAGACAACACUGGAUAAGGGUUUUAAUGACUUGAAGCCAGUUAUUGUAGCAGUGUUCUGUCAGCAUUUCAAUGGAUAGUUUCCCGCUUGCAGUUUAACAGCCAACUAAUGUGGCAUCAUCGAAUAUGUAGUAUAGUACAGAAAAGGCCAGUUCAAACUACAUCUCCCUCUUUCUCUCUCUUUUAUGGUUUAAAAUGGGAACUGAAAUCAGGAACUGAAAUCUCAGUCUGAUCAGACUUUUAGGUGCAUCAAGAUGGAUAAAGGUGACGGGAUAUUUAUACUAGGGCUGAAACUAUUACUCGAGUAACUCAAAUAAUUCGAUUACAAAAAAUGUAGUACGCAAGUAGUCAUUUGGUGGCAGUGCUUGAUCCGUCAAUGUAAUGUCAUGAAUGUUUGGGAACUGUUUAUAAUAUAAUAAUAUGUUUGUUUAUUUUUCAUUUGUAUGUUAUGUCUGUUUCAAUAAAAUAAAAAAAUACUUUAAACUUG